GAAGAGUGGGAGGCAGAAAGGGGGGGGGGGGUCCCGGGGCAGAGCGCUGCUGCUCGGCUCUAAGUCCAGCGGCUCAGACUGUGGCCGCGGGCUGACUCUCGCACACGCCGCGCUGCUCGCUCCGUUCCCCGCCUGCCUCCUGCCUCCGUCCCGCUGUCAUGGAGCUGGACCCCGUCGUGCUCAUCCCCGCGCUGCUCUUCACCGCGGUGGCCCUGUACUUCGCCACUUCGCUGCUCGGGAAGAAGUCCGACGACUCCUCCGCAUCCAAGAAGCCGAAGCCCAAAGUGGGCUACGGAGAUGACAUCCCGCCCUCCAGAGCCCUCGGAGCCCCGCGCCCCGCAGAGCCACAGCCCGAGGCGAAGAUAGAGCCUCCUCCCCGGCCAGCGGAGCCCGCCAGACCCGCGCCUGUUGUGGAAGCCAAGCCUGAACCAGUGGAGGUCCCAGAGCCCACACCGGAACCCGUGGUAGUCCCAGAGCCAGUCCCAGAGGUGAUCCCAGAACCCACCCCUGCUCCAGUUAUUGCCUCAGAGCCAGAACCAGUACCAGAACCAACACCAGAGCCAGUGAAGGAGCCCGAGCCCGUACCAGAGUCUAAACCAGAGCCAGCCCCAGAGCCAGAGCCGGUGGUACCAGAACCAGAACCAGUGAAGGAGCCAGAGCCUGUGUUACCAGAACCAGAACCAGUGAAGGAGCCAGAGCCAGUGUUACCAGAACCAGAACCAGUGAAGGAGCCAGAGCCAGUGUUACCAGAACCAGAACCAGUGAAGGAGCCAGAGCCAGUGUUACCAGAACCAGAACCAGUGAAGGAACCAGAGCCCCAGCCUGUACCAGAACCCGUGGUACCAGAGUCUAAACCAGAGCCAGCACCAGAGCCGGUGGUGGAGGCUGCACCAGAACCAGAGUCUGUGGUACCAGAACCGGAGCCAGCCCCAGAGACCGUCCCAGUGGAAGAGCCUGUGGUGGUCCCAGAACCAAAGAAACCCAAAGAGACAAAAGUCAAGGAGCUGAAACCCAAGGAGCCGAAAGUGAAAGAGCCAAAAGCCAUUCUGGAUGAUGUAGCGGCGGCCGAGGAGAAGGUCACAUUUGCUCCGGGUAAAAAGAAGAGCAAGUUUGAGACGCUGAUGACCAAAGAGGAGAUCGAGGAGGAGCAGAGGGUGGAGCUCACGUCAGAGCUCACAUCUGUGUAACAGUCUGUGACCCGAGUGAUGCCUCGUCUGAGUCUGCUCCUCCACAGCUGAACAAAUAUAAGAUUUAUACAAACACGGUGGACUGCCCCAGGCGGCUGUGGCUCUGUGGACUGGAGCAUUGUGGGAAAUGUAGUACAGUUUUUACUGGGAUUUAGCUCAAGUCCUAGUUUAGUCCUGGUUUAGUUCUGGUUUAGUCCAUGUUUAGUCCAGAUUUAGGCCCAGGUUUAGUCCAGGUUUAGUCCAGGUUUAGUCCAGGUUU